GUGUAUGAGCAUGUUGAUGGCAGUAAGAGUCUGAAGUUGGGGGACUUUGGUCUGGCCACCGUAGUAGAUGGACCCCUCUACACUGUCUGUGGAACACCCACAUAUGUAGCACCAGAGAUCAUCGCAGAGACAGGGUAUGGCAUUAAGGUAGAUAUCUGGGCAGCAGGAGUUAUAAACUACAUCUUGCUGUGUGGCUUCCCUCCCUUCCGAGGUAGCAGUGAUGACCAGGAAGUGUUAUUUGACCAGAUCCUGAUGGGACAGCUGGAGUUCCCUCUCCCCUACUGGGACAAUGUGUCGGAGACUGCCAAGGAUCUGAUCAGGUCCAUGCUGGAGGUGGAGGUGGAUCAGAGAUACACAGCAGAACAGGUUCUGGACCACCCAUGGAUACAUGAUGAUGGUGUGUCGGAGAAUGAACAGGAGCUGUCAGUAGCAGGGAAGAUAAAGAAACACUUCAACACCAGCCCUAUAACUAACGACACCACCUCCGGAGUGUCAGUCAUCACGUUGGACCACAGCUUCUCCAUGCAGCGCUCUGGGUCGUUGGACUUCCACCAGCACCCGGCUAUGUACUGGAUAAGGCCACCGCUCUUGAUAAGGAGGGGCAGGUUCUCAGACGAAGAUGCAACCAGGAU